CCGUCCGGAUGUGGUGAAACGCUUGUAGCUACUGAUCGGUGGCAAGUGAAACAGUUCACAUUCGGGUCAACCACAGGAGGAGUUCGCGACACACCCAUUGAAUGCAACCAUUGGAUAACUGCACCAGCUGGCAAGAGGAUUCAAAUCCAAGUGACGUCAUUACAAAAUUCCCAGUGUCACAACGGCUGUACGCUAAACUCGAUUGAACCGAAGACGUUGGCGGAUAGAAGCAUUACUAAUCCGAGGAUUUGCUGUCCGGAUUCACUAAAUCGAGUUCUCACAAGCAACAACAAUCCAACACCUAUAGUUUCGUACAACCGAUUCUCGACAUCCACGUUUACUUUUCAAUAUAGAUUUAUAUGA